AUGCCUUCCUGGAAUGACAGGGAAACGAGCUCAGAGGAUGAGUGCGACAUCACAAGCAUGGACAUGGCUAUUUGGGAGACCCCUGACACCACCGUGGAGUCUCUUUUCUGUGGCCAGCUAGAGCUUUCUGAACCCGCCUGCAUGAUGCACCACAUGAGGCCAAUUAAGUGUGUGGCAUUUGAGGGAACCUUAAGUGGAAGGCGUUUCUAUGGCUGUCCAGAGCAUGCGAAUUGUGGCAGGGUAGUUGAUCAGCAAAAGUGCGAGAAGCAUUUGGCCAAGCUUAAGACUAAAAAUGACAAGCUGUGCAUUGAGUACACAAAGCUUGUCCAAGAUGUAUCCAAGAUGUUUGAUUGGCAGGAUCGUAGGGUAGACCACAUGGAUUACCAGAAGACAGUUGAGGAGGAAGAAUUUGAGAACAGGAAGAAAGAGGUAGAAGAGAGUGCUAGGUUGGAGGUUCAGAUGGAAAAGCUCAAACUUGCCAAGGAACAGAGGUGCAUUUUACAGAGUCAAGCUGACAUUAUCAAGAACACCAGGAAGGCAAUGAAGGAGGUUGAAGAGGACAAAGAUUUGCUUAAGAAAGAGAAGGCAAAGCUUGAGCAUGUGGUGAAUGAGCUGCUGAAAGAUGGGUAUGCAAGCAAGGAGAAGAUGGAGAAAAUCAAGGCCAUCCUUGAUUCUUGA